UGGGCGCCCUGUCCUGGAGCCAUGGGGCCCACUUAGCCCCUGCCUGCCCCGAUGUCCCGGCCCGGGGACUGCUGACCCUGGCUGCAGGGGGACCUCCCCCAGCGCCCCCGGGCCAGCCUCUGCAGCCAGAGACCCUGGGUGAGCGCCUGGGCCAGACCCCAAGCCCUGGGCAGCCUCCCACAGCUCCCUGCCCCUGCCUGCCCCUCCCGUCCCCACCCCUGCCUCCCCUUCCCAGGACUGGACCAGAGAGGGCACUGUGGCCACUGGGGGGCACUCUGCCCCCCCAGGUCUCACCGGCCGCCCCCCGAAGUCCACGGGGCGGCCGGGGUCUCCAUCAAGCUGGGCAGGACCAGGAUGCUGUCCCCCGUCUUCCCCCGCGCCCCCAUCCAACGCCCCCGCCCACCCGAACAUCUGGUGUGACUGGAGACAGCCGGAUGCUAGCUGACCCUGGGCCCGAGGUGGGCAGUGGCUGGCCGGGCCUCCUCAUGUCCUGCCUGAAGGGCCCACAUGUCAUCCUCAAGAUGGAGGCCAUGAAGAUCGUGCACCCUGAAAAGUUCCCCGAGCUUCCAGCUGCUGCCCCCUGCUACCCGCCUGCACCUCGGCCUGCCCCCACUCUGGCACCCAAGCGUGCUUGGCCCUCCGACACAGAGAUCAUUGUCAACCAGGCCUGUGGUGGGGACAUGCCUGCCUUGGAAGGGACACCCCACACCCCACCCCUGCCACGGAGACCCCGCAAAGGCAGCGCAGAACUGGGAUUCCCCCGCGUGGCACCUGCAGACGAGGUGAUUGUGAAUCAGUAUGUGAUCCGGCCCAGCUCAGCGGCCUCUGCAGGCUCGUCGGCAUCAGGGGCCCCAGCAACAGGGGAGCCCCUGGAAUGCCCCACCUGCGGGCACACCUACAACGUCACCCAGCGACGGCCCCGCGUGCUGUCCUGCUUGCACUCGGUAUGUGAGCAAUGUCUGCAGAUCCUGUACGAGUCCUGUCCGAAGUACAAGUUCAUCUCCUGCCCCACCUGCCGCCGCGAGACUGUGCUCUUCACCGACUACGGCCUGGCCGCACUGGCUGUCAACACAUCCAUCUUGAGCCGCCUGCCGCCUGAGGCGCUGACCGCCCCCUCUGGUGGCCAAUGGGGGGGAGAGUCUGAGGGCAGCUGCUACCAGACCUUCAGGCAGUACUGUGGGGCUGCCUGCACCUGCCACGUGCGGAACCCGCUGUCCGCCUGCUCCAUCAUGUAGCACCCGUCUGCCUGCUACCGGCUGCCGCUGCCCUCACCCAUUGCUUCUUUAGGGACCCGGCCCUGCCCUGUCACCCACUCACCCUUCCUCGCCCACCAUGGCUGUGGCCCAACCCUUCGUGGUAUUGUCGCUGAAGCCAACUCUGCCAUUAAAACUCUUUGCCAAAGUUUG